AUGUCUUCAUUCCGUGGAACCCCCAACGCAGCUCUCUUUUCCGUUCCUCUGUCGCUCGGGAUAUCCACUACUGCGCACCGCACCACGGGCGACAACGCAAUGGAGCCUCGCGGAACCAAGAGGGCCGGUAAUUCGACCUCCCCUGGCUCAUCCAAACGCCGAGGCCCAUACGCUCUUCGGGCAUGCAUGACUUGUCGACGCCGAAAGGGGAGAUGUGACGGCCAGCUGCCUUGUGGCUACUGCGACCGCCGCGGACACGCCUGUAUCUACGAUCAGGAACAUGCCAUCACGAUGGAUGACGGACAACAUGCCGCAUCCGUAUCAGGCAUGAGGGAUCCCGACCCAGUGCGUCAGCCUCCAGUCGGGGCUAGUGUUCUGUCCUGUGCUCCGGCGGCUGCCAUUUCCAAAGACUCAAGACCGUCAGCUCCCGUUCCAGCCUCUAGUCAUCCGUCUUCGCUUGCACAUCUAGUUGCGGGUUUACGCGCCCAGUUAAAGAACGUCGAAUCGCUCGUGCAAGCUUAUGGCAAAGACGGCAAUUAUUCUGGAAACAAUCCGACUCGAUCUGUGCCGUUGCAUCAAGCUGGUCAGGCCAUACAAGGGCCCAAUGCUCGCUCCAGCCAGCGGGAGGCGAGGCAUAACGGGUCUGGCCUGCGCCCCAUCAGUCGUGGCUUCUGCGGACCCACGAGCCCCGACUACAGUAUGAAUGUAGUGCAGAUCACGCUGCAGGAGCGUGGUUACCUUGAAUCUUCAGUGGAUCGGCCCACGCUACCGAGUUUUGAUCGGGACCACCUCUCCCCAUCGACAAUUAGCCAGUGGCAACCUCCCUGCCAUAGGGAUGACCGACAUCAACUAUUACAAUUUCGAUCCUAUCUCACAGUCCAGGAUGCCGAGGAAGCCAUAUCGGUGUACAAUGAUGCUGUGGGAGAAUUGCAUUCAUUUGUCGAUAUUAGGAACAUUCGAGUUCAGUUGGAUGUUUGGUAUACUCGUGAUACAGAAUCUGCUAUUGGCCGCACGACGCAACGGUCUGACUACUAUGAUCUGAUCAUUUUCAAUCUUAUGCUAGCAAUAGCGGCACAGGCUGGAAUGGAGUCGCUACGCGCAAGGUCAGCAGGUGCCGUGUACUCUGUCUUCCAGCGUGCCGCUAAUGCCUCCAUCACGUCUACGACUACGAGUAUUAAGCAAGCAGUUAUCGUCUUGUUGCUGCGGGCCAAGGGCUGUUGCUAUAUGUUCCAUGAUCAACCACGGCUCGCACUUAGAAUGUGCGGCAAUGCUGGACGCAUAUUGAUGGAAUUGGGCAUCCACAACGGCAAUGUAGUCAAGCACGGGCUGGCAUCGGAGGCGCAGCGCAAAGAGGGUUCCAUGCUCAUGGGCUGUGUCACUGUGCUUGAUCGGCAGUGGAGUGCGAUGACUGGCUUGCCACCCAAUUUCUCCAAUAAUACUUUCAGUCCGAAGGUGACGCAUCUAUCCGACUCGCCAUAUACGAUGGCCAUGAAUAAGCUUGCUCUCAUCAGUGACAAGUUCAGCGAACCCAUCGCUCUGGCAGCGCAGGGAAACAGCCGCCAAGACGACGAUGCCGUUGAGCUGAUGCUGUUCCAGGUUCAGCAGUGGCAGAAAAAGUGUGUCGGCGGUCGAGAGCUUUCCGACGUGAAAACUUGGCUGGUCCAACCUUCGUCGAUGCCUCCUCCAUGGAUGUUGCUCCUAAUCUUCCGCGCGGUGUCCAUCCGGAGUCUCCUGUUUCGCCCUUCUUUCUUCCCCAGUUCCCGUGUCGAGAGAAGCAAACAACACGUAUCGCCGGCCCUCGAGCUCUUGUGGCAGUCGAUCGAUGCCUUGUUUCAAAUCGACAGCGCCACCGAUAUUUAUUGCAAGCAUCGCCCGUACUAUCAACACAUCUUGGCUUCGAUCUGCUCACUGGUCUUUUUGCUGACCGGCUACGUUCACGACCAUCGCACGGCCCUCUCCUCAUCUUUGCCGCCCGAUUUUGACUGGAAGAUUCGUGGCUGUCUUCAGACGGCCUCUGAUCUCGCCAGAAAAUAUGCCAACACUUCUGCAGCCGCCCACAAGCUAUGGGAAAGAAUCCUGGAAGUUCGUCAUGUCCUCGAAACGUAUGGUAUAAAACCUAUGUACGCCUCCCGAGAGCGGAACUCAACCUUAACAAGCGAACGUGGCUCCAGCUCGACAAAUCCUCUCGCAAUACAGAAGCAGCCCCCUCUGCCGUUGCCAGAGGUUCCAGCGGAGGCCGCCGUUGCCCCAGCAAAUGCCUCUUGCGAGACGGAUACAUGCCUCGUGGGCGUCAAUCUAGGUCUCGAACCUCCAACAGAAGCCAGCAAUUGUCUCCUGGAGGACCCCCAGGCUUUGGGGUUGCCUGCCUGGCCCUCGAUGGAUAGCUAUCUCUUCCAUUGA